GUGGCAAAAAGUAACUGUCAAAUGUGCGGCUCCUUUAAUAAGAGCGAUCAGUCCGGCUCCGAGAGUCAUGGCGACCACAGCAUCUACUCAUUACAAUAUCCUCACCUCCAGCCCGUCCAUCGUGCACUCGGAGCCCGGGAGCAUGCAGCAAGCGACGGUGUAUAGAGACGCACAGACUCUGUUGCAAAGCGACUACACACUGCAGAGUAACAGUCACCCGCUCAGCCACGCACACCAGUGGAUAACGGCGCUGUCACACGGAGAGGGGGCUCCGUGGUCCUCCAGUCCCCUUAGCGAUCAAGACAUAAAACCCGCGGUGCAGAGCAGCAGGGACGAGCUGCACAACUCCAGCAGUUUACAGCACCAGCCGCGACCGCCUCAUCUGGCGCACCAGCCGCAUGGGACCCACCAGGAUGCUCGGGCAUGGAGAACGACUUCUGCAGCGCACAUACCGAGCAUGACAACCCCUAACGGACAGAGCCUCAUCUACUCCCAGCCUGGCUUCAGUGUGAACGGCUUGAUUCCGGGUAGCGGACAAGGAAUGCACCAUCACACCCUCAGAGACUCACACGAAGAUCAUCACAGCCCGCAUCUCAGCGACCACGGACAUCAGCCCUCCCAGCUUCAGCACCAGCAGCAUCAGAACCACCACGAACACUCUGACGAAGAUACGCCGACCUCGGACGACUUGGAACAGUUCGCCAAGCAGUUUAAACAGCGCAGAAUCAAACUGGGCUUUACACAAGCGGAUGUCGGGCUAGCCUUGGGCACACUGUAUGGAAACGUGUUCUCCCAGACCACGAUCUGCAGAUUCGAGGCCCUGCAGCUCAGCUUUAAGAACAUGUGCAAGCUCAAGCCUUUGCUGAACAAGUGGUUGGAGGAGGCAGAUUCGACCUCCGGGAGUCCGACCAGCUUGGACAAGAUUGCUGCACAGGGCAGAAAGAGAAAGAAGCGGACGUCCAUCGAGGUGAGCGUGAAGGGGGCUCUGGAGAGCCAUUUCCUAAAGUGCCCCAAACCUGCUGCUUCGGAGAUUACUUCACUGGCGGACAGUCUUCAUCUGGAAAAGGAGGUGGUCAGGGUUUGGUUUUGUAACAGAAGACAAAAAGAGAAACGGAUGACUCCUCCAGGCGGACCUCUCCCGGGAACCGAGGAUGUGUAUGGAGACACGCCACCACAUCAUGGGGUCCAGACACCGGUACAGUGAACAACAACGGACUGCUAAAACUGUUUUGUGACUGUCUCUGUUUUCAUUCCUCUUGUAAUGAACUCCUAAGCACUGGACUAUCCUGAGCGAAUGCCGGUGCAUUGUGUUUGACUGUACACGGGAAGCCCACAAGCAAAGUGAGUAUCACAACAAGGUAAAUAAGGAGCCACACUGAGGAGCGGUAGUGUUCCUAAAAAGCUAGAUGUUGUGUAACGAUAACCAGCACUGUGAUACCGCGCGGUUUUAAGGUGUAACCUCAUUGUGGAAAGAACGCCAAUAACAGCCUCGAGGUUUCAUUAAGGUUUACAUAUAUUGCUUUUAAAUCAUUGCAUAAUUUUGUACAGGAUCUAAAUGUGUGACGUAUUCAUUGGAAAAUUCAGAAGAGCCACGUUAGGAAAACAAACCCCAUCUUUAAAAAAAUAAAUAAAAUCAACUUGCAACUAGGGUUGCGCUUGGACCGAUUGCACCUGCCAGUUAUCUGUCCCUAGUGACCAUGCCAUUAACCAGAGAGGUAAUCAGUUAUGCGCCGAAUUAUUAUUAUUAUUAUUAUUAUUAUUAUUAUUAUUAUUAUUAUUAUUAUUAUUAUUAUUAUUAUUUGAAAUACAGCCUUUAGGUUUCACUUCAUUCCAGGAAACACAGGCGAGUCUUUCCAGGAUUUUUAAAACGUGGAUGCGUAAACACGGAGCCAGCGAGUCGAUCAUGUAUUUCAGAAAUAUCACGGUGCAGUAAUAAAACACACAAAGGCUGCCAAGACCGAGCUCCGCGCCACGCGCCAGCAGCUCGAAACAGGUCAAGCAGGGGCUAUGUGGCAAAGAAAAUCUGGUUCUGUUCACGUGCGAGAUAUUUCACUACAGAGAAUUUUGACAGAAAAAUUGUGAUGAAUUUUGUAAAUAUUGUAUAUUUUCAACAAAGUCAUGGCUUCGUUUUCUUUACACUGGGGCACUUUUUCUUUAAAUGAUUUUAAAAAAAAUAACAGAUAGCUGUUCAAUUAUUUUUUUAAUCCAACAUGGCUUGACAUAAUUUUCUAUUGGGUUUUUCUUACAUUAUAUUUUUAUUUAUGCCAAUUUAUAGCAGUAAUAAUGCCUGCAAUUUUAAAUAUAAUUUGUUGCCGCUACAGUUUGUUUUGUUCGACUGAGAUUUUGUAGCCUAUGGGGAGUAAUGGCUUCUCUGUUUAUGCUCCUGUCACUCACUUUCAUGAUACUGCGUGGGCAUUAUCUGUGCAUAUUAAAAUGUCACCUAAACCUGAGGUUUCCAGAGAAAAGGGUGGAAAGAUUGAAAUGACUGGCAACAAAACAGUGAUGUAAGAGACCGGCUGUAUUACAGUCUGUCUCUAUUUAAUGUAUACGUAUACAUAACUCCUUUGCAAAAGGAAAUAUAUAACAUUUAUUUUUAUUUCCGAGUUUUUUUUGUCGGGCACCAUUAUUAUUAUUAUUAUUAUUAUUAUUAUUAUUAUUAUUAUUAUUAUUAUUAUUAUUAUUAUUAUUAUUAUUCACAGCCAUUUGGUUCAUUUUUGUUUUUUGUAAGUACUGAUGCGUUACUCGGGGGAAGUCGUUGUCUGAUAAUGAGAUUGUAAUUUAUUUAAGUAGCCUUUAGAGGUAAAAUCAGGUUUUAUAGGUUUUUAUCAAAAUGGACUGAAAACAAAUAGGAUUAUGAGGGUAUAGGUUCAGAAAAGAGGAUAUACAUUAUUUUCCUAUUGUGGCGUUACGAGCGGGUUACCCAUCACUGCUAUGUGUAAAUUUGUCUUUUCAAUUACGCCCUGAAUGGUUGUUGAUAUAUUUCUCUUUAUGUCCUCAAUAUUUCCCAGGGAGAUAUGUUCACAUCAUAUUGAGGUGGCUUGGCUCGCGCUAGUUCUUUAAAAGAGAAACAAAACAAAAGAUACCACCUGGCACCGGUUCUUUUAUCUGUAGCUUUAAUUAAUGAUUCGAUUAUUUCAUUCGUUGAAAAAUCAUGUUGGGUGUAUUUUUUCUUGUUGCUGGUGUUUUAUUAUUUUUUCUUUUUUGUUACAUUUUAUAUCAGAUUUUGGUUGAUCUGAAUGAACUUGUGGGGAAAUAAAACAACUCCGAGUCAUUCAUGAUAAAUCUAUGUUACGUAAUAUUUUAUUACUGACAUAACCAAGAAUUGCACAUUUUAUGGUCUUGACAUUAAAAUGUUUUUCAUUA